GUCAACCCGCGUCUACGGCGAAGCAGCGUUACAGCUAUGGUUGUCCCCCCCUUUUGUUCAUCAGAGUUCCUCCAUUAUUGCACAAACAAUGAAACUAUUUGGAUGUUAUGCCGUUUCAUGAAACAUUUUACUGCAUGUACGCCUUCCACGCUCUCCUCUGGGAUUAUUUAAUGAAUUAAAAGCGACCUGCAACCCUCCUGAGCUGCUGUGAGGUGUCCGAAGCACGCAGUAUUUCCUGAAGAACGUGGAGUAAUGUAAAGCUGAACUUCAGUUGUCCCUGAAGAGGUUGUUGGCACCAUGGGGCUAGAUUUUGAUGUGAAGACAUUCUGUCAUAAUCUUCGGGCCACAAAGCCGCCGUAUGAGUGUCCAGUGGAGACUUGUCGUAAGGUUUACAAGAGUUACAGCGGCAUAGAGUAUCACCUCUACCACUAUGACCAUGACAACCCAACUCCUGCUCCCGCUGUGCCCCAGAAGAAGAGGAAGGGCCGUCCUCCUCGUGCCUCGUUGACCGCCUCUGGGGACACGGACGACAUUGGAGGCAGCGGAGGUGGAGGACCUAGUCCUGAAGCAAACGCACCUGGGAGCCCCAACCGGUCGGACCAUUCUCACUCCCCUGGCAGGGAGACGAUGACCUACGCUCAGGCGCAGCGCAUGGUGGAGCUGGACAUUCAGGGACGCAUUCACCGCAUCAGUAUCUUUGAGAACAUUGAUGUGGUGUCCGAGGAAGACAGCGAUGCCGAGGAUGCACCGCCAUCUGGCACAGGCAGUUUUGGAGGAGGGGUUUGUAACGGCAGUGACAGUGGAGCCGGGGGCAGUGAAGUUGGAGGAAGCGGGAAGGACCGCUCUGACAUCCCGUCCUCUAACGGCGGUAAAGCCACGCCAAAGACUGGGAAGCACAAAAGUAAAGAUAAGAAGAAGGACGGUUCAUCUCACCAUCACAACCCGCAGUCCGGUCUUGCUGUCAAGCUUCCAGAAGCAGUGUUUAGAGAACUGGACCAAGAAAGGCCUGAUGCCCCUGCUCGGACUUUAUCCUACUACAGGUACAUUGAGAAGUCUGUGGAAGAGCUGGAUGAAGAGGUUGAGUACGACAUGGACGAAGAGGACUACAUCUGGCUCGGCAUCAUGAACGACAAAAGGCGACGUGACGGAGUGACGCCAAUCCCUCAGGAGGUCUUUGAAUACCUCAUGGACCGCUUAGAAAAGGAGUCCUACUUUGAGAGCCACAACAAGGCAGACCCCAGUACGUUAAUCGACGAGGAUGCCGUCUGCUGCAUCUGCAAUGACGGCGAGUGUCAGAACAGCAACGUGAUCCUGUUCUGUGACAUGUGCAACCUGGCAGUGCACCAGGAGUGCUACGGCGUUCCCUACAUCCCAGAGGGUCAGUGGUUGUGUCGGCGCUGCCUGCAGUCGCCGAGCAGAGCGGUGGACUGUGCUCUGUGUCCUAACAAGGGCGGGGCUUUCAAACAGACGGAUGACGGGCGCUGGGCUCAUGUAGUCUGUGCGCUUUGGAUCCCGGAGGUCUGCUUUGCAAACACGGUCUUUCUGGAGCCGAUCGACAGCAUCGAGCACAUCCCUGCCGCCCGCUGGAAGCUCACCUGCUACAUCUGCAAGCAACGUGGCUCAGGCGCCUGCAUCCAGUGUCACAAAGCCAACUGUUACACAGCCUUCCACGUCACCUGUGCCCAGCAGGCAGGUCUCUACAUGAAGAUGGAGCCGGUCAGAGAAACGGGGGCUAACGGCACAUCGUUCAGCGUGCGCAAGACGGCGUACUGCGAUAUCCACACACCGCCGGGGUCAGCCAGGCCUCUCGCUGGAGUGGGCGGGGCCAGCAUGGGCUCGUCCAACAGCGAAGGGGAGCUGGAGGAUGACGACGAGCCCAGUCUCGGCCAGGACGAAGACUCCAAGGGCUGGAGCUCUGAGCGGGCCAAGAGGGCGAAGGCGAAAUCCAGGCUGAAGAUGAAGAGAGCGAGGAAGAUCCUGGCAGAGAGGAGAGCUGCUGCACCAGUGGUGUCUGUGCCCUGCAUACCUCCCCACAGACUCAGCAAAAUCACAAGUAAUCUGACGGUGCCCAGGAAGAGUCAGUUCAUGCAACGACUCCACAGCUACUGGACGCUGAAGAGGCAAAGUCGAAAUGGCGUUCCUCUUCUGCGGCGGCUCCAGACCCACCUGCCAUCUCAGCGCCAUGUGGAGCCGCAUCCACCACAGCCCGCAGCACAGCUUCCCCCUAGGGACAACGAGGAGAAACAGACAGCCUUAAAGGAGCAGCUGAAGGCCUGGCAGAGAUUGAGACAUGACCUGGAGAGAGCCAGGCUGCUGGUGGAGCUCAUCCGCAAGAGGGAGAAACUCAAGAGGGAGACGAUUAAAGUGCAGCAGAUGGCGCUGGAGAUGCAGCUCACUCCCUUCCUGGUGCUUCUCAGGAGUACGUUGGAGCAGUUACAGGAAAGAGACACAAACAACUUUUUCACUGAGCCUGUUCCCCUUGAAGAGGUGCCGGACUACCUGGAGCACAUUGACACGCCUAUGGACUUCCAGACCAUGUGGAACCUGCUGGAGUCCCAUCGCUACCUCACGUUCGAGGCCUUCGAGGCCGACUUUGGCCUCAUUGUCAACAACUGCCUCAAGUACAACGCCAAGGACACGGUGUUUUACCGAGCCGCCCUGCGGCUCAGGGAGAUGGGCGCCGUCGUCCUCAGAGCGGCCAGGCGCCAGGCCGAACGGAUCGGCUUCGAUUAUGAGUCAGGCAUGCAUCUUCAUCGAGACUCGAGCCCAGAAAGCCAACGUGAGCCAGAGAGAGACAGAGACAGAGACAGAGAGCGGGACAGGGAACAGGACAGAGACAGACCUUUGUCCUCUAAUGAAGACGACCUGCUGCUGCCAGAGAACAGGCGACGGCUGCCGCUGGACGAGCAGCUGCAUUACCUGCAGGCGCGCCUUGAUGAGGUCAACUCUGGGAAGCACAGCAUCGGCCAGUCUCGCAGGGCCAAAGCCUUGAAGAAGGAGAUCAGUGUGAUCCGGAGGAAGCUGGCGCACCAGCGGGAGGUGGGCUCCAUCAUGGGGGGCCGUGAGUCGGCGGGGGAACGCAGUUCUUCUCUCCCGCAUCACUCUUCAUCUGUGGGACACCAUGAUGAGGGGGGAGAGAGCAGCAGCCAGGAGAUUGGGGGAAAGGCUCCCGAGGUUGGCCGGCGGACUUCUGUGCUUUUUUCCAAGAAGAACCAAAAAAUGGCUGGACCUCCCAAAAGACCAGGGCGCCCGCCAAAGAACCGAGACAUGGGCUACGCCGGGCCAGGGGUGAGCCAGAGCCCCAUCGGGCCCCCCCAGCUCCCUCUGCUGUCCAACAGCAGGCCCAGGAAGAGACCCCGCACCCCCCACAGCACCUCCAGCUCCGACAGCGACAGCGACAACGAUGACCUCCUUCCAGGUUUACCGAGCAAUGGCUUUGAUACAGGAAACCAACCUGUGACUGAAAGCUUCCGUGUGUACAGAAACGAGCCUCGUCUGCCUCGAUCCAGCUCCGACUCCGAGUCCACCACCAGCAGCAGCAGCAGCGCCGCUUCUGACAGGACCAGCACUACACCCUCUAAGCAAGGCAGAGGAAAGGCGUCAUUCUCUCGUUCCACCUUCCAUGAGGACAGCAGUGAGGAAACGUCGGGCACAGAAAAUGAUUCCUACUCAGUUGGAGGAUCACGGAGCGUUUCACACUUGGUGCGUGGCCGGGACCGGUCAGGAUGCUGGAUGACGUCUGACGACUACUCUUCUCUGGAAGCUCUGGAUCUGGUCUGGGCCAAGUGCAGAGGCUAUCCUUCGUAUCCUGCUCUGAUCAUCGACCCAAAGAUGCCCAGGGAGGGCGUGUUCCACCGCGGAGUCCCAAUACCCGUACCUCCUUUAGACGUGCUGAAACUCGGGGAGCAAAUGACCCAAGAAGCCCGGGAGCACCUGUUCCUCGUCCUCUUUUUCGACAACAAAAGAACCUGGCAGUGGCUGCCACGAUCCAAGCUGGUGCCACUUGGUGUGGACCAAGAACUAGACAAGGAGAAGAUGCUUGAGGGCAGGAAAUCCAACAUUCGUAAAUCCGUUUCGGUGGCCUACAGUCGUGCCAUGCAACACCGCAGCAAAGUCCAGGGAGACCCCAGCAGCGAAACCAGCGACAGUGACUGAUUGCAAACAGACACGCAGUCUAAAUCUGCAAAACUUGUGGAUUUCAUGCAUCCAUUAAGGGAGCACAGCCCUUUGUCACGGAUUACAAAGACAACCAAGCAAGCAGGAAAAUUAGUAGGAAGGAAAAACUCCUCUACUUUGGCCCCAAAACACAUUCACUCACACAAAGGCAUAUUUAAUCAGACAUGUAAAAAAAAAAAUAUUGUAUUUAAGAAGAUUAAAAAUAAGGAUAUUGCUAAUAAUGAUGAUAAAAAAAAUUUUUCCAAAUCAUGAAUCAAAAUGUUUAAUGUACGUGGUCUGUAUAUGUUUAAAAGAAAAAUGAAAUAAUGGUUUACAGACUUAAAAUGUAGGCAUAAUGUCACACUAUGUCCAUACACAAUUCUGCCUCCCCCUGUCCUUUCUUCACAUUCAGUCACACAGGUAAUCUUACACUCAAACAGGUAAAUGCAUGUUCUAUGUGUAGAGUAAAUAUACACACACUUCACCUUCCAAAAGCAUACCUGUGUGUGUGUGUGGAGUCAGAGGAGCAGAAAAAGGGACUGUUGCAGCCUGUCUGUAGGCAAAUCAACGUUACUGUAAUUUAUUCUUUGAACUUUUUGUUUGUCACUCCAGCAGCUGCACAUCUCAACGUCUUUUUCUUUCUUUUUUUUUUUUUACAGAUUUGUAAACAAGUAUUUCUGUCACAUUGACCUGUAGAAUCAGUCAAUAAUGAGGACUAAACUGAAACAUGAUCGUCUCCAUGUCUCUUAGUCUCAGGCCGACGGCUGUAGAACUUUUAUAUAACAAAGAUUGCAUAAAAAAUACAAGUUUAAUAAUAAAAAAAAGAAUAGUGUUUUUUUGGGCCUUGUGGUUACUGUUACUGCUACCUCUCUGUUUCCUCCUACAUAAGAAGGAUUUGUGUGGAUUAUUUUUAACUACUAUUCUGAAGAAAAAUUCUUACCUUCCUUUUGUUUUUCUUCAGUGGAAGGGUGAGUCAGUAAUUUAUUGGGCUUCCACAUCCUGAUAGUUUUCUAUUGAGGGUGCCGUAUUCGACAUGAUCACUCAAGCUUUAAGGUUUUUUUUUUACAAAAAUGUGGUCGUUAUGACCAUGAUAAUCUUUCCCAUCUCAGGGAAAGAAUACCUAAGACCUUUUUCAUUUCUGUCAAAGGCCUUUACUGUUUAGACCUGAAAUCUGAUACCCUGCGGUUGGCUAAUGCUGUACUCAACCUUCAAUCUGGCAUGUAAAGAGACUCAAAUAUGUUCAACUCUCCUAUACAGCUUUUAGCCUAAUAUGACCUAAACAAAUUUAAAGGUGUGUCCAAGCAUCUGUGAUAAUGUCCUUAUUGUGGCUGUGCAGGUUUUUUUGCUUUUACGUACAGUUGAAACCAGAUAUUUACAUUCACUGUACACAAAGACACACCUUGUUUUCCUGAUUGUUUGAAAUUAUAUCUGACUAAAGUUGACGGCUUUGAUCGGGUAAGGAUUACAAAAACAAUUUCUGGUUACUAAAUGUCAAACUAUUGAGAGAGCAUUUAUUGGCUACGUUCUUAUUUCCCUCAAAUCACAAAGUUUUCAUACAAGGUCAUACAAAAGAUUACAGUGCCUUAGCGUGUCAUCUGAGAGGUUCAUUCGCAACAUUUGAGUAUACUGAAAGCAUGUACGUUAAGUCAACACCUAGAACACACUGCUUCCUUGUGUGACCUCGUGGAAAAACUAAAUAUCAAGCAAGAUAUGGAGAAGACAAUUGUGAACCUCCAAAAGUCUGCUUCCUCCUUGUGUUCAAUUUCCAGAUGCCUUCAGGGGCAUCUGGAAAUUGUCAUCAGUCCAAACAAGUAUAAACAGUAUGGGAACUUCAUGAAGGGAGAUCAAUAAAUCGAAAUGUAGGCGCAACAUCUCAAGACAUCGUCUGGAGGGGUAGAUAUGUCUUCAAUAUGAAGGGCGAUCCUUAUUUCUCUUCCAAAUUGGUUAUGAAGUGGCUUAAGAACAACAAAGUUGAUGUUUUUGAGUGUCAAUUGCAGUUUAAAAGGCACUUCUGCCAAAUACUAAUGGAAUACAUGUUAACUUUAAAAAGUGCAUUAUUCUGUAAUUUAGCAAAUACAACUGUGAAAGUCUGGUUUAAUGUCAGUCAGUGAGAAAAAAAUGGUUAUUUGUCUUUAUACAGUGUGUAAACAUUUGGCUUCCAUUGUUUAACUAAAGAAAUCUGGAUCUUUUUGUCAGGGCACUUUAAGAAAACAAUGUCCCAUUAUGGCAUCUUUAAAUCAAAGAUGAAUUGUUGAGGCAGGUUUGUGCAAUGUGAGAAUACUGUAUGUUGAACUCCAUGUUGUAGCAAACCAUGUUGUGACUGGGCCGUACAUGGAUUUAUUUUAUAAAAGAGUUAAAAUAA